AUGGCUCCUCGAAAACUCCAAGUUGCUUGCGCUGGUCUAGGCCGCAUGGGAGCCAGGCAUGCCCUCAACUUCCUCAACAGGACGCCCAGGGCACAACUUGCGGCUGCCUUCACCCCAGACCCAAACGAGGUUGCGUGGGCCAAAAUACACCUCGAGCCAUCCGGCGUCAAAAUCUACACAAACUACGACGAAAUGCUACGGCACACCGGUCUGGAGGCGGUUGUAAUUGCAACUGUAACAACGGCACAUGCCGAAGAAGCUGUCAAGGCAAUCGAGGCGGACUUGCAUGUCCUAUGUGAGAAGCCUCUCAGCACGAGUGUUGAAGUUUCCCAAUCUGUCGUCGACGCAGCCAGUCGAAAGCCCCAUCUCAAAGUAAUGUGCGGCUUCUCACGACGCUUCGACGCAUCGUACAGAGACGCAUUCAACCGCAUGGACGCAGGAUCCAUCGGCAGACCAUCCGUCUUCCGCUCCCAAACCUGCGAUAAACUCGACCCGUCCGGCUUCUUCGUCGCGUACGCCGAGUUCAGCGGCGGCAUCUUUGUGGACUGCAAUAUCCACGACAUUGAUCUCGCGCUCUGGUUCUUGGGGCAAGACUCGGUGGUCAAGAGCGUCGCCGCCGUCGGUAUAUGCGCAGUACAGCCGGAGCUGCGGAAACACAAAGAUGUCGAUAACGGAAUUGCCGUGGUUGAAUUCUGGGGAGGCAAGGUUGCCUACUUUUACUCUUCGCGCAUGAUGGCCGCUGGCCAGCACGACAUGACUGAGAUCAUUGGAACGGAGGGCAAGCUGAGCGUCAAUGCUAAUCCGAUGGGGAGUUUGGUGGAAAUGUCGGAAGCUUCGGGGGUGCGGCGAGAGAUUCCGUCUGAUUACUAUGGGCGGUUCGAAUAUGCGUUUGUGACGGAGGCGAACGAGUUUACUGCGGCCUGUCUCGAUGAUACGAAGCUGCCGUUUAAGCUGUCGGGUGCUGUGCAGGCCGUCAAGAUUGGGUGCGCGUUGCAGGAGAGUUUGAACUCUGGUCGAAAGAUUAACUUUGAUGAGGUUGGUCGCAGGUUGGAGAACUCCAAGUUGUAA